AUGGUUCGCAACAUCGUCGUCAUUGGGGGCAGCUCCCAUCCCCACCUCACCGAAACCAUCUGUGGCCACCUCGGCAUCCCGCAGGCCAAAAUCUUGCUCGCAAAGUUUGCCGUGGGCGAGACCCGCGUCGAGAUCAUGGACUCGGUGCGCGGAAAGGAUGUCUUCAUCAUCCAGUCGGGCGGCGGCAAGGUCAACGACCACCUAAUGGAGCUGCUCAUCACCAUCUCCGCCUGCCGGACUGCCUCUGCAAAGCGCAUCACAGCUGUGCUGCCGCUCUUCCCGUACUCGAGGCAAAGCGACAUACCCUACAAUAAGACCGGCGCCCCACUCGUAAAGGCCUCAAAUUCCAACGCGCGGGCCGGCAAUUACACUUUUGAUAGCCGCCCGCAGACCCCUUACCCGGGGCAGCAGGAAAGUGUUGGUCUCAACACGGGCACUGACGCCCUGCACAAUAAACUCGGCCGUCUCAGGAUGGAGGAUCGCCCCCAUCCCAACAGCCCAGUCAAGCCUGGCCGCAGUGACACGUUGGACUCGUCCAGGUCCGACAAAUCGGACUACAAUGAGAAGUCUGAGAAGGGGUCUAACCACGCCAAUGGUGUCAACGGGACCAACUCCGUGACCAGGCAGGCCACCAAGCCCCCUCAAUUCGAACCGCAGCCAGGAUACAAGCAGUGGGUGGCACAGGCCGGUACGCUGGUCGCAGACCUGCUUACUUGCGCGGGUACGGACCAUGUCAUUACCAUGGACUUGCACGACCCCCAGUAUCAAGGCUUCUUCGACAUCCCCGUCGACAAUCUGUAUGGCCGCCAUAUGCUCAGGAAGUAUGUACAAUACAGCAUACCCAAUUACCAGCAGGCUGUCAUUGUGAGUCCGGACGCCGGAGGAGCGAAGAGAGCAACGGCGAUUGCGGACGCUCUUGGAAUGCCUUUUGCGCUGAUUCACAAGGAGCGCCGCCCGACACAAAUCAGCGAACGCCAAAAUGCCACCAUGAUGCUAGUCGGCGACGUUGCAAACCGCACUGCUGUUCUUAUCGACGAUUUGGCCGACACGUCCAACACCAUUACUCGAGCGGCGAAGCUCUUGAAAAAAGAGGGCGCGACCACUGUGUACGCCCUCGUCACUCACGGUAUCCUCAGCGGCGAUGCCAUUGAUCGGAUCAACGCAAGCGCGCUGGACAAGGUCGUCGUGACCAACAGCGUGGACCAGGCGGAACACCAAAGGAGGUGUCCCAAGCUUGAGGUCCUGGAGGUUGGAAACGUUUUUGCUGAGGCUAUCCGCCGGGUGCACCACGGCGAGAGCAUCAGCGUGUUGUUCGACUACAACUAG